AUGCAACCCAGACCUCAAACAACCUGUGGCCUCUUAGCAGUACUUUGUGCCUUUAUCGGUUCAGCUGCUGCUGCGAGGCAACCAAAAGCGAUAUGGCAAACAGAAUGCUGGCCUGUCAAGACAACUCGAGCGAACUCGGGGGACUGCUCCAAGGCUCUCAGUAUGAUUGAAAACAACGUCAGCUUUGGAGAGGUUGCGAAUGGACCUCAUGAUGGGUGUAAGGAGAUCUUUCGAGUGGGUGAUUGUGGUAUCGAAAUCUGCAACCAGCGACCCAGCGGGACGCACUUGUCCUUGGGCUCAAUCCUCGCCGCAGCCCAGAUCCAGGAGUCGAUUUGUAGAACCGCAGAUGGGGCCACUGGUGGCAUAACUGCUUUAGAGGGGUUCGAAAAAAAGGGUGAAGAGCAUACCUAUGCAGAGGUCCACCUUGCAACGUCGUCAUUGACAAGUAAGAAUGGACCCCGUAACCGCCGAGAUGUUCAACUUGGAUCCGCCACUGGUACCACCAGCAACAAGCUUGGACUCGGAACUACGCCAGACAAAAGAAAUACCAAGAUCGAGAAAAAGAGAGCUCUCGCCAGAAGAGACGAGGAGUGGGUUAGAAACACGCAGUUCGUGGUGAAGGAGCAGUGGGCGAACUGGGAUUCAGCAACUGAUGGCGACCUGACAAGAUCAGUCCAGUCUACCCUAACUGGACGGCUCCAUAGUGACUGGGUCAGUAACCUGGGCCACACCACCACGCGACACUCAGCUAUAGGACGUGCCAGUGACUCCGAGGGACACACGUGGACGCUUGCCUUUCACGCCUCGGCUGGUAGUGACCUGAACAGUAGCCCAAUUGUGGACAGGCAGCCGAUUCUUGACUCCUUCUUUACCCUGCGCAAUCGAAUUGGGCGAGAUCACCUCGGGCCCCCAAAUAUAAUGACUGCCUCGGUCUUGAAUGAGGAAAGGAAUACCGUGAUCGGCCAUUUAACGCUGGUGCUGGUUGGAGAAAUCCCCGAGUUGAACACACAGAUCGAAAUGCCUAACCUCAGGGGUGUCGUGAUUCAGUUUACGGGUUCGAUCAUUUAG